AUGGUGAGCAAGGAGGGUGGCAAAUGCAUGCUCACCAACUCAGAGUCUGACUCGGAGUUAGCACCCUUGCCCUCCACCUCGCUGGCGCUGGAGGUGAAGUAUUCCCUGGAAGCCAGUCGACAGGUGAGGAAGAGAAACAAGGCCCUGCAAGUGCGUUUCAAGGAUAUCUGUGAGGCACAGAACGAGCAAAGGGAGGCGGAGUUGCAGGCAGCAGGGAAAGGUGGCAAGCCCAUCUCAUACAAAGUGGCAUACCGCAAGUACAUGACAGUCCCUGCCCGCAGAUCCAUCCCAAACGUCACAAGGAGCACAGGCGUACAGACGUCUCCUGACCUGAAGAAACGCUAUCAGACCUUUCCCUUUGAGCGCAAAAAAGGCCACACCUUUAAAGACGUGGCGGCCGUGGAAACUUAUAAAGGUCAGAAUAACGGUUUUGUCAUGGAGGUGAAGCAGUCCAAGGCUGCUGAGCAGGGUUUAGAUGAGGAGGAGGAGGGGGAGGGAGCCUGUGGGGGGAGUGGAGUCCGGAGGACCAGGGCUCUGCUCCAUACUAAUGAGUGUAUUGCCACAGUGGAGCAGCACACUGCAACUGAUGGCCUGUGCUCUGACGCUCUGCUGCUCAGUUGCUCUGCAGACACAGACUGCCUUGCAGACACAUCGAGGGGAAGUGGAGCCGGAGCACAAGCAGAGUACCAGCUCUGCAGUGUCCCCUCCAAAGCCAGGACAGGAUUACAGAGGGAGGCUGAUAAGGACCGCUCGGCCAAACGGCAGCUGCUCAAUCUGGAGGAGGGCUCAUCCCGAACCCUGCCGGACAGGGCCUCCAAGGUUACGGGCCCCAUCGCCUGGAACUCCCUUACGCAGGUAGAGUGCCUGGACAGUCCAUCUGUGCGGAGCAAGCGGAAGAAAGGACUGCAGCUCAACGGGCUGCAGAGUGAAACACUACCACGUUCCAGUGGAGGCUGUACAACACAGGCACAGUGCCACACAGGACAGUUAUCUGCUCGGCCUCUAAGGGGCAUGGAGGAGCCUCUGUCACCCUGCAGAGGUGGUGAGGCUGAUGGGGCACCACCCGACCAAACACAGGAGGCCUGUAAGCAAAUAGUGCCUAUGAAUCAGGACAGGGAUGUUAAAGCACAGCUCCAGGCCAUGGAAAAUCUCAUCAGCUCCAGCCAAGAGACCAUCAAGGUGCUGCUAGGGGUCAUCCAGGAAUUGGAGAAGGGGGAGGCCCACAGAGAGGGACUCUCCUAUCGAACCGGACAGGACACAGCCAACUGUGACACGUGCCGGAACAGCGCAUGCAUUAUUUACAGUGUGGAGCUGGACUUCAAGCAGCAGGAGGACAAGCUGCAGCCGCUGAUGAAGAGGCUCUGCCCUACGGAGGACACCCAUUUCGCCCCCCUGCCUUACCCCCAGGAGGCCUUCACCUCCACCCCAAAACGCAAGUCCAAAGCCGACUCCAAGAAGCAUGCGCGCUGGAAACUUUGGUUCCUGUGAAAACAUAGGACCGUCUCUUCCCCCUGCUACCAAUA